AUGGCUCCAACACGAAAGGUCCUCGUUCUAGGCGCAACAGGCAAUCAAGGCGCCGCUGUCGUCGACGCCCUCCUCGACCUCCCACCCAGCUCACCACCCCUCGAAAUCCUCGCCCUGACACGAAGUCCCGACUCCGAAAAGAUCCAAUCCCUCAUCGAGACAGCAAAGACCAAGGGUGGCGUCGCCGUCACCCCCGUCCAGGGAGACCUCAACGGCUCGCCCGCGCCAGUCUUCGAGGCCCAUCCCCGUGUCGACACGGUCUUCAUUGUAACCACCAUUGGCAACGAGGACGUCAUCGGCAAGGCCUGGGUCGACGCCGCCAUUGACGCCGGCGCAGCCUCGCAAAUCGUCCUGACCUCCGUCGACCGCGGCGGCGAGGACAAGUCGUGGGCGAACCCGACCGACGUGCCGCACUUUUUGCAGAAGCACGCCGUGGAAGUCCACCUCCGCGACCGCGCCGACGCGCUGGACAAGAGCGGCCGGAAACUGCGCUGGACCAUCCUGCGCCCGACGGCGUUUUUCGACAACACCAACCCGGGCAUGUUUGGCAAGGUGUUUGCCGCCAUGUGGUCCACGCUACCCGCCGACCGGAGCCUGCAGCUCGUUUCGGGGCGGGAUAUCGGUCUCUUUGCGGCCAAGGCCGUCGCGGAGCCCGAAAAGUGGAAUCGGAGAGCCGUGUCGCUCGCGGGCGACAGUCUUACCUACGCCCAGGCGAGGGAGACGUUUAAGAGAGUCGUCGGCAGCGAGAUGCCGCAGACGUACACAAUCUUCGGGAGGGGCAUGCUCUGGGCUAUUGCGGAUGUGGGCAAGAUGUUUGAAUUCUUUCGGACAGAGGGAUAUGGGGCGGAUAUUCAGGUUUUGAGGAAGGAGGAGCCGCGGUUGCAGACCUUUGAAGCUUGGCUGAAGGAGAGCAGUAGAUGGAAGAAGGAAAUCAGCGGAGUCUAA